AUGGUAAUCUCUGAGUCGUUGUCUGAGAUCCAUAGAACUUUACAAAAAUCAAAUCCCUUAAAUAAUCCUAGAUUAGAUUUCUCGGAAAUUUUAACUAAUUGUAAUGAUGUAGAGAAUCGUAAGAGAAGAUGGAAGGGAGCAUGUUGUCAUGCAUUAGAAUGUGUAUCUGCAUUGUCACAUUUAUCUAGUACUAAUGUUGAUGAAUUAUCAAAUGGUCAGGAACUUUUAAAAUUGGAAGAUAAUUUAUCUGAAAGGCGUCAGGAUAUUGAGGGGCAAUUAAGGAAGCUAAAUAGAGAUAUUGAUUAUAGUAGAACUCAGCUAAAUAAGAUAAUAGAGGAUAUACUAACUGAAAUCAGUAUAUUAGUUGAGGAUUAUAAGAUAUUGAGACAUGAAUUUGUUCAAAAAACGUCGAAUAUACCAUUUAUAAUUGAAGAGGGGGCAAGACAACAGGAUGAAAAUUUUAGUGACAUUAGUAAGACUGGAUCUGUAGAUGAUAUCCGUAAUUUACAAAAAAUUGGAGAUGGAUUAUUGAGUGAAAUUGAGAAACAAAGUAGAGAAGAAAAUAAAAUUAAUGAUGAGAUUAAGGAAUUAGAAUUACAAUGGAGUUCUUGUAGGCAAAAGAAUCAAAGAUUAGAAAAUGAAAUUUUACUCAGGAAGACAGAAGCAACAUGUCAAGAAACCCAAGUAGAGGCCCAUAUUAAUUCAAGAUUGAGUAGAUCAUCUAAUUAUGGAGCCUCAAAUGAAAAUUUCAACCAAUUAAAUAGGAGAAAUAGUAUUGCUAAGUGGAUUGGAAGACUAUCUUGUACAAAUGAUUGUAAUAAAUAUGAGAAGGAAGUAAUUGAAGGAGAUGAGAACGAAGAUAUAGAAGGUGAACUAGAAGUUUUAAAUUUAUUGAGUAUAGUUAAAGUUAAUGAUUACAUUGAAUUAAAUGAAAUAAAUGGGGAUAAUUUUAGUACACCUAAUAGCUAUAAGUUAUAUCUAAAGAUUGAUCCAUCUCCUUGUUUGGAUAUAUUUCUAGAUCCUAAUUUUGAUUAUCCUCCAGAAUUGAAAUUAUUAAAUACAGAAAAUAUUAAGGAAAUUUCAAAUGAAUCUUUAUUUUCAGAUGGUCCAUUAGAACUUUGCUUAAAUUCUAAGGGUGGAUAUGGAUUCAAGACAUUUCAAGAAAUUGAACUUUCUGAGAAUAGUUGCAAUACUAAGCUCAGCCAAGAAGAAAUUGCAAUGUUUAAUAUUUUUGUGGGGGAAUUAAAAAAAAACGAAAAUGUCCCAAUUUCAUCUAUUGGUAAGCUACUUUGCAGUGCUCUAAAAUGA